CUUGCAAGAUUAGAAGGAGAUUUAAAUUGUAUUCCAUCUACAGAGGAAAAAUAUAUUUCUUUUUCAAAAAGUAUUAAAGUUGGUGAGUAUUAUUGCUUAAAACUUGGAAAAAUGUGCCCAAUAAAUUUUGAAAUACGAUUUUUAGAUUCAUUCAAGUUUCUUCAAACAUCACUUGCCAAUCUAGUUGGUAAUUUAUCCCAAGAUGACUUUCAUAAUACAAAACAAGUAUUUAAGAGUAAUACAGAACUACUUACUCGUAAGGGAGUUUAUCCUUAUGACUACGUUUCAUCUCUUGAUAAAUUAUCAGAAAAACAAUUACCCCCAAAAGAGGAAUUCUAUUCAAAACUAAAUGAUGAAGAUAUUAGUGAUGAAGAUUACCAACACGCAAUAAAUGUGUGGAAUACAUUUAGAUGUAAAACAAUAAGAGAUUAUCAUGAUCUUUACCUAAAGUCUGAUGUAUUACUUCUAGCAGAUGUAUUUGAAAACUUUAGAAAAACUUGUCUCAAACAUUACAAGUUAGAUCCAGUUCAUUAUUACACAUCUCCUGGUUUAGCUUGGGAUGCAUGUCUUAAAGAAACAGGUCAGCAAUUACAGUUACUACAUGAUUAUGAUAUGUUAAUGAUGUUUGAGCAAGGUAUACGUGGUGGAAUAACACAUAUCAAAGCGAUACGCAGAAGCAAAUAAUAAAUAUAUGAAAAAUUAUAAUCCUGAUGAGGAGUCUAGUUAUAUUCAAUAUCUGGAUGCAAACAGGCAAUUGGGCAAUGUCUCAAAAUCUACCAACACAUGGAUUUAAAUGGAUGAAGAAUAUAACAAAAGAGACCCUAAUGGAAAUUUUAGAGAAAGCAAAUCAUAGUAUGUCAAAUCUUGGGAGAAAAGGUUAUAUAUUUGAAGUUGAUUUGGAAUACCCUCAACACCUAUGGGAAAAACAUAAUGACUAUCCUUUAGCGCCUGAGAAGAUGAUUGUUAAUGGUGUUGAAAAAUUAAUUUGUCAUUUCAAACCUCGAAAAAACUAUGUUGUUCACUAUAGAAAUCUUAGACAGUAUCUUGAGAUGGGUAUGAGAAUUACUGCUGUUCAUAGAGGAAUAUCAUUUUAUCAAAGUUCUUGGAUGGAGCCAUAUAUAAGAAAAAAUACAGAACUUCGAAAGACAGCAGCCAACAAUUUUGAGAAAGACUUUUUCAAACUAAUGAAUAAUAGUGUUUUUGGCAAAACAAUUGAAAAUAUAAGGAAAAGGCAAAAUAUACAUCUUAUUGAUAAUCGUAAGAAAGCUGUCAAACUAUCAAGUAGGCCAAACUUUGAUAGAUGUACAAUAUUUGAUCGUAAUCUUAUUGCGGUUCAUAUGAAAAAGACUGAAGUGUAUUUUAACAAACCAGUAUAUGUUGGUCAAGCAAUUUUAGAUUUAUCAAAAACAUUAAUGUUUGAUUUUCAUUAUAACUACAUUAAAGAGAAAUAUGGAAACAAGGCUGAGUUAUUGUUUACUGAUACUGAUAGCCUAAUGUUUCAGAUUUACACAGAUGAUUUUUACAAAGAUAUAAUUCCUGAUAUACUAACCAAGUUUGACACUUCUGAUUAUCCUCUUAAUCAUAAAUCUGGAAUACCAACAGGAGUUAACAAAAAAGUAAUAGGGAUGUUUAAAGAUGAAGUAGCAGGAAAACAAAUAACUUGUUUUGUUGGAUUGAGACCCAAACUUUAUAGUUUUAGAAUUGAAGAGGAUAAAGAAGUACGUAAAUGUAAAGGAAUAAAGAAAAAUGUUAUAAAAAAGAAAUUAGAUUUUGAUUACUAUGUCCAAUGUUUAUUUACAGGAAGAAAAGAAAUGAGAAAGAUG